UCCGGUAAUUGCGUCGAUGAAGCACCUGGCUGCAAUUUGAGUGGCGGAGUUAUUUGCCAGAGUAAGAACUUGGAGUCUUUCGCACGGCAAUACUGCAAAAAGACAUGCGGUUACUGCUCGGACUCAACUGUUGCACCAGGAACUGUAGGAACUGGAUGUGGAUCUAACCCAAAUUGCGCUAGUUGGAUACGGAACGGAUUUUGCAACAGCACAUUCUACUCGCAAGCAUACAAAAUGCAGUACUGCGGACGCGCCUGCGGAUUAUGCUGA